UUAUUUGCGACAUCGUUCACUUCAACCCCCACGCUCCACCCUCUUCUCUUUCGCACUAUAGCCCGUCUAUGCAAGUACGAUGUACUUUUCACAUCCCGGUCCAACUCUCCAUCAGACGUGCCUCCACGCUUGAAUACAUGCACACCGGCCAAAAGCUGGAACCCCGAAUCUAUCGCGGGGGUUAGCUGCAGACCGCGCUACACAUUGCAUGACCAUAUGAUGGGAACUUUCCUCCCCAGUCUAUAUUAUGCUUGUUUCCUUCCGCCUCCCAGCUUGCUUUCCACUGAAUUCACACUCUGAAUUAUCCUAGUCUCCUUGUAAGAACAGGGAAAGUCUUACCAUGGCACCAUAUUUCGGCCUCAGGGGUCUGCCCCUUGUCAUGGCUAUAACGCUUGCCUGCUCAACUGGGUUCCUUCUUUUUGGUUAUGACAAUGGUGUCUUCUCUGGCUUGACGACAGAUGCUCGCUUUCUGGAAGUCAUGGGUAAUCCAAACCCCACUCUCUUAGGAUUCAUCGUUGCGGUCUACGAACUCGGAUGUCUGGUCGGUGCAAUCGCUUCGGCCAUUUGGGGUGAAGACAUGGGUCGAAGGAAAUUGACCGCGUUGGGUUCCCUCGUGCUGAUCAUUGGCACGGUCAUACAAUGUACUUCCUAUGGACAAGGUCAGAUGAUUGCAGGCAGGAUCGUCACUGGUUUGGGUAUGGGCGGGAUCACAAGUGCUGUUCCUGUGUGGCAGUGCGAGACCACACCGGCUCACUUACGUGGACGUACUAUUGCAAUGGAAUUAUCGACGCUCAUCGUCGGCAUUGUGCUGGCGUACUGGACCGAUUACGGGUGCAGCAGCUACACGAACGGGUUUCAAUGGCGCUUUCCGAUCGCUUUGCAGAUCGUUUUCGCGCUGUUUUUGAUCGUUUUGUGCUUCCUCCUUCCUGAAUCACCACGUUGGUUAGCCUCGCAUGGUCGAGAGCAAGAAGCCCUUGAAACCAUCUGCGUGCUGCGAGAUGGUCAUCCUGAGGACGACAAAGUCGCAUUUGAGUUCAAUGAGAUCAGAGACGCCAUUGCCCUGGAGCAGGAAGAGUCUGGUAGCUGGAAAGACUGCUUCACUGAUGGAGGGAUCAUGGGCUGGCAGCGUGUUGCCAUAGCAUGUUCUGCGCAAGCCCUUCAGGAAUUCACAGGCACCAACAUAAUCACUUAUUACGCCCCUUAUGUGAUGGUCCACUCGGUGGGAUUGAGUUCUCAUCAGUCGCUGCUCUUGUCUGGUGGCUUGCAAUUGUGGUUCUUGGUAGCCUCGUUCAUCCCAUGGUUUAUCCUCGACAAGGUUGGUCGACGCAAGCUUUUCAUCUUCGGCAAUGUAGGCAUGGGUUCAUGCAUGCUGAUCUCUGGCCUGACAAUCAUGGCUGGCGGACGCAACAAUGGUAUCGCCGCAGUUGUCAUGUUGUACUUGUUCCAGAGUUUCUUUACCUGGGGAUGGAUGAGCAACAUGUGGGCAUAUCCAUCCGAGAUUUUGCCUCUUCGUAUUCGUCAACGAGGCUCUGCGCUAUCCGUGAUCUGGCAGUGGCUAAUCACCUUCUUGGUCGUGGAGAUCACGCCAGUCGGCAUUGCCAACAUUGGUUGGAAGCUGUACAUCGUGUUCUGUAUCCUCAACUGGGCCAGUAUUCUUGUCGUCUGGUUUUGGUACCCAGAGACCGCUGGCAGAACGUUGGAAAGCAUCGACUUUUUGUUUGCCAGCCAGACCAGCUUGCGACAGGUUGUCAAGCUGAGCAAGCGCAAGGAUAUGGGCGGCAUCGCGCAUGAGAUGCAAGUACAGGUCCACCAGCAGAAGGUUGAGGGGAAACCUGAGCAUCAAGAGUCUGCAGCGGCGGACGUUGAUGCAAAGAAAUAGCAUAAGGUGGAGAGGAUGUUCCAAGAACUGCAAAAACGGCACCAG